AUGAACGUGCGACAAUCAUCUUUCAGCUUGGCCCCUCCUGGACCCGAGAGACGUCCCUCCGUAGUAUCACGCCUGUCGUCCGUCUUUUCCAAUGCAGAUCGAGAAGCGGGGACCACUACAUCUACAGGGGCGGGCCUCAUAGAGGAGGAGAUUGCCGAGAUUAAGAGAUAUGAAGACUUUACAACAAUAGACUGGGUCCAAGACGCCGCUCGCGAGCAAGCAAAGCGUAAGGUGCGGAGGAAGCAAGCAGCGGGCCUCUACGACAAAGGACAACCUGGCUGGCGAUAUCAGCUAUGGAAGAGUUAUGAUGCGGCGCAAGCCUGGAUUGUGGUUACCAUCAUUGGUGUUGCGAUUGGUUUGAAUGCGGCGCUUCUGAACAUCAUCACAGAAUGGCUCUCUGAUGUCAAGAUGGGUUACUGCGAGACUGGGUUUUAUUUGAACGAGAACUUUUGCUGUUGGGGAGAAGGGAAUGGAUGCGAUCAAUGGCACAGGUGGACUGGUUUCGAGCCUUUCAAUUAUUUCGUAUACCUUGUCUUUGCGUCGUUUGCACCAUAUGCUGCUGGGUCUGGUAUUUCCGAGAUCAAGUGUAUUAUUGCCGGAUUCGUUAUGAAAGGUUUCCUUGGCUGGUGGACUUUGAUCAUCAAAUCUAUCUGCCUACCUCUGGCCAUCGCAUCUGGCCUGUCGGUUGGUAAAGAAGGUCCCAGUGUGCACUACGCUGUGUGUACUGGAAAUGUUAUCUCUCGGCUAUUCGACAAGUAUAAGCGCAAUGCUUCCAAGACUAGGGAGUUCUUGAGUGCUUCGGCCGCUGCUGGUGUCGCUGUUGCUUUUGGCAGUCCUAUUGGCGGCGUCCUCUUCUCUCUUGAGGAGAUGUCUAACCAGUUUCCUCUCAAGACCCUUUGGCGCAGUUAUUUCUGCGCCUUGGUAGCAACGGCUGUUCUUGCUGCUAUGAACCCCUUCCGAACCGGUCAGCUGGUCAUGUUCCAAGUCGAGUAUAAAAACGACUGGCAUUUCUUUGAGUUACUUUUCUAUGUCUUGAUCGGUAUCUUUGGAGGACUCUAUGGAGCGUUUGUGAUCAAGUGGAAUUUGAGGGUUCAGUCCUUCCGCAAGAGGUAUUUGAAGGAUUAUGCUGUCCUCGAGGCAACUCUAUUAGCAGCUGGUACUGCCAUUAUUGCUUACCCCAACGCUUUUCUGAGGAUCGACAUGACGGAGAGUAUGGAGAUGCUUUUCUCCGAGUGCGGCCAUGGAGAAUCGUACCAUGGCCUCUGCGAGCCUAGCAAGCGGUGGUGGAACAUUACCUCACUGUUCCUAGCUACUUUCCUGCGACUAUUCCUUGUCAUUCUGUCUUAUGGAUGCAAGGUCCCGGCUGGCAUCUUUGUUCCUUCCAUGGCGGUUGGCGCAUCCUUUGGAAGAAUGGUUGGUAUUAUUGUCCAAGCUAUUCACGAGGCCAAUCCUACCAGCGUCUUCUUCUCCGCAUGCAAGCCAGACGAGCCUUGUAUCACGCCCGGCACAUACGCCCUACUUGGUGCCGCCGCCGCGCUGAGCGGCAUCAUGCAUAUCACCAUUUCUGUGGUGGUUAUUAUGUUUGAGCUUACUGGUGCUCUCAAUUACAUUCUCCCAACAAUGAUUGUUGUCGGUGUCACCAAGGCCGUCAGUGAGUUGUUUGGCAAGGGAGGCAUUGCUGAUAGGAUGAUAUGGUUCAGCGGGAUGCCGUUCCUCGACAGUAAAGAGGAACAUAAUUUUGGCGUACCCGUUUCAGCAGUCAUGAGGACCUCGGUUGUAUCGAUGCCCGUUCAUGGGCUGACCCUAGGCGAAGUCCAGCGUCUUCUUGCUGACGACAGAUAUCAAGGCUUCCCCGUAGUGGAAGAUAAGCACACCAAGGUUCUUAUCGGCUACAUCGGCAGCAUAGAAUUGCGCUAUGCCAUCGACAAGAUGAGUCGAACAUCACCUUUGUCCGAGACGUCAAGGUGUACGUUUGCACCAUCAUCGUCAAACCUAUCAACUACGUCGCUUCAUGGCGACUCAUCGCAUUCCUCGACCCUCGACUUCAGCAGAUAUGUCGACUCAACACCAGUCACAGCUCAUCCAAGAUUACCCCUGGAAACCGUCAUGGAACUGUUUCAAAAGAUCGGCCCUCGUGUUAUCCUCAUAGAAUACCAUGGCAAGCUCACUGGUCUUGUGACAGUCAAAGAUUGCCUGAGGUAUCAGUUCAAGGUUGAAGCAGCCGAGAACCCCAAGGAUAACCACCGCAUGGAAGAAGGACAAGAACAAUUAUGGAACCUCCUCCUUAGGGCCGGCAACUGGUUCUCUUGCAGAGUUUCGAGAUACUCUGGGGGCCGGAUACGCUUGAGUAGCAGCUCUGGUGAUGAACGACCCCUGGGUAGAGGGCAGAUCCUGGAUGGUGACGAAGAAGUGCUGGACGAAGGCGUCGAGCUGGAGAGCCGGCGAUAG